UGCAAGCACGGGUACGACUACCCGUAGCAGCAUCAGUGCGACAUCUGUUUCGGCUACGACCACGGGUACGAGUGCAAGUGCAACCACCCGUACGAGCACCACCGCGGAUUCCGUGACGACGUCGACUACGAGUGCAAGUACGGUCACGGCCAUCCGCAGCAGCACCUCUACGACAUCCGUCACGGCUACGGCCACGAGCACAAGCGCAUGGACAAUUACCAGUGCAACCAUCUCCGCGACCUUUCCGUCAAUGUCAGCGACGACGAGUGCAAGCACGGAUACGACCACGCGCAGCAGCACGAGUUCGACAUCUGUCUCCGUUACGACCAAAAGCACGAGUGCAAGUUCAAUCACCCGUACAAGUACCACCGCGACCAUCACCACAAUGUCGUCGUCGACGACGUCGAGCGCAAGCACGGGUACGACCACACGUAGCAGCAUCAGUGUGACAUCUGUUUCGAGUACGAGUGCAAGUACAACCACCCGCACAGACACCACAGCAUCCUCCGAAACAUUGUCAGCGACAUCAAGUGCAAGCACCGGUACGACCACACGCAGCACCGUCAGCGCGACAUCCGGUUCGGCUACGACCACGAGUACAAGUGCAAGUGCAACCACCCGUACGAGCACCACCGCGACCACCGACACAAUCUCGUCGGCGACGAGUGCAAGCACGGGUACGACCACCCGUAGCAGCAUCAGUGCGACAUCCGCUUCGGUUACGACCACGAGUACGAGUGUAAGUGCAACCACCCGUACAAGCACCACAGCAUCCUCAGAAACAUUGUCAGCGACUUCAAGUGCAAGCACGGGUGCGACCACACGCAGGACCAUCAGCGCGACAUCUGCUUCGGCUACGACCACGAGUGCGAGUGCAAGUGCAACCACCCGUACAAGCACCACCGCGACUUCUGUGCCGACGACGAGUGCAAGCACGGGUACGACUACCCGUAGCAGCAUCAGUGCGACAUCUGUUUCGGCUACGACCACGGGUACGAGUGCAAGUGCAACCACCCGUACGACCACCACAGCAUCCUCCGAAACAUUGUCAGCGACAUCAAGUGCAAGCACCGGUACAACCACACGCAGCACCGUCAGCGCGACAUCCGGUUCGGCUACGACCACGAGUACAAGUGCAAGUUGCAACCACCCGUACAAGCACCACCGCGACCAUUUCAACAAUGUCGCCGACGACGAGUGCAAGCACGGGUACGACCACUCGUAG